GAGCAGAAAACCAUUUGCGAUAUUUGCUUCAGGCGUCUCUAACAACCUCACACGUAGUGUUUCAUUCAUUGAUAUAAUUAAGCAUGAAGGACCAUUAGUAUAUAUUUACGUGACCUUUGAUCGACAGCACUUCGGCUAUUAUUGUUUCAAUUCUUAGGAUUUCCUGUGUGAUCGAGUUCCUCUUGGGCGCUGGGCUCUAAAUGCACUCCCUUACAGCUCCUUACAGGACCACUAUUAACCUCAGGCUACAUUCGCUGAUAAUGAAAAAAGAAGCCUGCUGUUAGUAGCCUAGUUACUUGAUCUUCAAACAUGGGCAGCUUAGAAGACCCCAUUGCUUUGACGUCAAGCCUAAAAAAUACUCUGGUCUCUUAUCACAAUCUAAAGGAUCAUGAAUGGAGGAUAGCCAAAAAAUCUAAAGAUGUGAUAGUAUGGAGAAAACCAUCAGCGGAGUUCCAUGGUUUCCUGUAUAAAGCCCAGGGUUUUGUUGAAGAUAAUCCUUACAGAAUAAUGGAUUAUAUUCGUCCUGGACCAUAUAGACUAGACUGGGACAGUUUGAUGACAUCGAUGGAAAUUGUUAAAACAAUCGAUGAGGGGAGUUGUGUGAUGAGAUACUCAACUGCUGGACAGUUGUGGAACAUUAUCGCACCUAGAGAGUUCAUUGAUUUCUCGUACACCACAGAUUUCCAGGAUGGCCUUCUAUCCUGUGGAGUCAGUGUGGACCAUGAAGAGAAGCAUCCAAGUUUUGUCCGGGGCUUCAAUCACCCCUGCGGCUGGUUCUGCAUCCCCUCCGACGAGGAGAAUAGCCCUCACCACAGCCUCCUGACUGGCUACAUUCAGACAGACUUGCGAGGUAUGAUCCCCCAGUCAGCCGUGGACACAGCCAUGGCCAGCACUCUGGUUAGCUUCUACUCUGACCUGCGACAAGCUCUAAAAGCCUGACCACCGAAGCCUGGUCGGAUCGAAAAAUUCUGUCAAUCGGUUCAGAUGGGUCAAUCACACAAACGCACUGCAGGGUUCUCAGUGAGUUGUUCUGAUGUAGUCAUUAGUCACAGUUUAGAUAAUAAUUUGUUUUUUGUAUCUGAACAUCUGGGAGGUAAUGGUUGGCUGGACUUUGGAGUUGUUUGGAGUUUUAUUGUGUAAGUGUUCCCACAUCUGUUUACUGUUCUUAUGUAAUUUUGUGAUGACGAUAAAUAAUUUACUCAGGGAAAGAUCCUCAUGGAUCUGCUGAGUGUGCAGUUAUUUUACAUUUGUGCAGGAUAGGCUACUGUAUGAGAAUGCUUAGUCAACUUGGUUGAAUCAUGGUCAUGUUUGACAGUAGGUACUAAUGAAUAAUCAGUUGUGACCAGCUGUAUGCAACACAUAUGGGCAACUCUGGGGUCUGUUCCAAUUUCAAGCACUGCUUUGAACUGGUAGUUAGUUUUAAUAUUUCAUAGAACCAAUUAUGAACAAGAAUGCCUCAACUAGAAAUUGAAACAUACAAAUCACAUUCUUCAGAUUUGAUGCUGGAAAGUUGUACACAGUGCAAGCUCAAUAAAUAUAUCAUAAUAAACUAUAUCUUACAUUAUUUUUAUGAAUGAAGAAAAAAAUGAAAGAAAUGAUGCAAGCUGCAGAUAUUAGAAAUAAUGACAAGCCUUUUCGCUUUUAUUUAUUUUAUGCUUUACACUGAAUUUUCUCAGUUUGUGUGCAAAUCAAUGUAGAUGCUUUCUUCUGCUGUUGUACUUAUAUGACAUGAAAAAUGUAUAUUAAAGUUUUAUGAAUUAGUCUUCUCAUCACUGACAGCUUAAUUCUCUGAUACGAUGUACGAGCUGGUUGAGCCCAUCAUG